AGGCCCUCGCGGCUCGGCCGCGAGCCGCGCGCUCGCCGCGGGCGCGCCUGCCGGUGCCCCGCCCCUUUCCUCGCUCCUCCUCCUCGACGUGCCCGACCUCAGGCUAGACCUCCUCCUCGCCCCGCGGCGGCCGCCCGCGGGCCAUCCCAUGGAGGCGUGGGCGGCCGAGGCCUUCUGCGCGGGCUGGGAGGCCUGGGCCGCCGAGGCCGCCGAGGCGGCCCUGGCAUGCCACGCGCUGCCCCGGCCGCCCGCGGUGGGCGCGGGCGUGCCCUCAGCCGUGCGCCGGGUGGCGGUGGCGAGCCUGCACGUGCUGGGCGCCCUGGAGCAGGAAGCCUGGGCCCUGCGCGGCGAGGCGGAGGAGGCGGUGCGCCUGCACGAGGAGGAGGCGGAGGAGGUGAGCGAGGAGGUGCUGCGGCUGCGCGAGCGCGACCUGGCGCUCACCGAGCGGGUGGCGGCGACCCGCGCGGAGUCGCACCGCCUGCGCGAGCGCGACGCGGAGCUGGCCAGGGCGCACGUGGAGUCGCGCAUGGAGGCGAUGGAGGCGCGUGCGCGCGAGCGGCAACUCAAGGAGUCCAGCCGCGAGGCGGAGCUGCAGGUUGAUGCAGCUGCAGCGCAAGCUGGCCGAGCUGCUGGGCCAGCCCGGGGCGAACGGCGGCAGCCGCCGGAGCCGCGGCGCAGCGCCACGGCGUCUCGGCGCGGGGCGCCCGCCCAGGGCGCGGGGAGAGCGCGGGGAGCCCCGGAAGAAGGGGCCCGUGGCGCGGGUAGGGCCGUGCCGCGAGGCCUCCCAAUGGGUUCGGCGUAGAUGGGGUUGACCCACAAGGGGGUCCAGCGACAAUGGGGAUCCUCCGUCCCAUCUGCUUGGACCCCAUCUAGGGGGCCUCUAGUCCCGCGGGCCACGAGCGCGCGGCCAACGAGGGCGGAAAGACGCCAUAACCA